AAGCAGAAACAAACUCUGAAAAACAUUCUGAUCUCCGGAGAAUGCUCUGCGCUUCUCCUCCGCCACUGUCAAUAAGAACAAAGAGGGCGGGAAAAUGGUGGCGUGGAAGUCAUGGAUUGUGGCGGAGAAAGCUCGGAGAUGUUUAAGGACCAUAUUCUUUGUGGCCGCAAUGACGGCAUCUCUGUUAGCUUCGUCGUUGCCCGUUCUGAUCACCGUGGCUGAUGUGGUGGUUCCUUGUCUUAUCGUCUCCAGCAUCACGUGCGCCACGUGCCACUCCACCGCAGAACAUCUUCGUCAGUAUAGUUUCAAGACCUCUUUCAUUGAUGUGCCACUCAUCUCGCUCCUGAGAUCUCUCGCCAUUAUCUGUCUCUCUUGGCUAUGUGAAGACGCAAGAUUAGCUUAUGGUCCUUAUCUUGAAACAGUGAUGUCACUUUCAUUUGGAGGGAUUCUUUUUCUUUUGGUUAAAGCUUUUGUGUUCACUAUGAAACCUCACAUGGAAAGAAAGGUCUAUAAUCUCAAGAUCUCGUGGGCAAUGCCGGUUUUGUUACUAUCAUCUUCGGUGUUUGGGUUAGCUCAUGUCGUGGUAGCUUAUAGAAAGACUUGUGGAGCAAGAAAGAAGCUCAUGUACCACAAGAUUGACCAAGAAGCUGUUCUCUCGUCUAAAUCUGGUUUCUUGGGUUACAAGAAAGCUCAUCGCCAAUCAUUCACACGAUCAAACUGCAAAAUCUUAACCUUUCCCGGUGAUUUCAGACAAAACUCUUCCAGGGGAACAACUUUGGAAAGAGAAGAGGUGGUACAACCAAGACUUCUUGCAAAUGCAGACAGUUUGUUCAUCAAGAUCCAAGGGUUAAAUGUUCAUUACAAGAAGUGUUCUGCAGUGGAAGUGAAUGCAAGAAGGGUAAGACAACUAGACAAGCAGAUGUCAAACUUGGUUGUGCAAACUCAAAGCAAUCAUUUGCAUAGAAGCUACACCAUUCAACCUGAUAGAUCCUCUUUAUAUGAUCCUCUGUUAGCGACUUAUCCAACUACACCCAUUAGCUUGUUCAACAAGGAUGAUAUGAAUCCUGGUGAUGAUCUGGAGAGAAAUGAGAAUGUUGGUAUAGUUCUAGUCCAUGGAUUUGGAGGAGGAGUCUUCUCUUGGAGACAUGUUAUGGGAGAUCUGUCUCUUCAGCUUGGUUGCAGAGUGGUUGCCUAUGACCGGCCUGGUUGGGGCUUGACCUCUAGACUUGUACAGAAAGAUUGGGAAGAAAGAAACUUACCUAACCCCUACAAGCUUGAAAGCCAGGUGGAUCUACUACUUUCCUUUUGUACCGAGAUGGGGUUUUCGUCGGUGGUACUCAUUGGCCAUGAUGAUGGUGGUUUGCUUGCUCUCAAGGCGGCUGAAAGAGUACAAGCUUCUACAUUAAAAUGCAGUGUUUCAAUCAAAGGGGUGGUUUUGAUAAACGUUAGCUUAUCAAGAGAAGUAGUCCCUGCCUUUGCUAGGAUACUUCUUCAUACAUCACUUAGGAAGAAGCACUUGGUUCGUCCUCUGUUGAGAACAGAAAUAACCCAAUUGGUGAACCGGCGUGCAUGGUGUGAUACCACAAAGCUAACCACUGAUGUCUUAAUGCUCUACAAGGCUCCUCUAUGUUUAGAAGCUUGGGAUGAAGCACUCAAUGAGAUAAGCAAGUUAUCAUAUGAGAUGAUUCUUUCACCUCAAAAUGCAUCAGCUCUGUUGAACUCCAUGGGAGAUCUUCCUGUCUUAGUUGUUGCUGGGGCUGAAAAUGCUCUUGUUCCUUUGAAAUCCUCACAAGCUCUGGCUACUAAACUCACCAAUUCUAAAUUUGUAGCACUAUCUGGAUGCGGACAUCUGCCACAUGAAGAGUGUCCUGCAAUACUUGUAUCGGCUCUCGGCUCCUUCUUUAGCAGACUGAUACCUAAACUAUCAAACUCCUAAAACUAUCUCAAAGACAAAAAGUCUGAUGAAAGAACAACUGCAAGAACUCAGCAGCUCUUAAGGGAUCAAAACUCCAACUAGAUUUGCUACAAAGGGAGGAUAACCUUACCUGAUCACAUUAUCUGUACAAAUUGGAGCUGGAGCUUUGGCAUUAAA